AUGGCGGACGAGGCGACAGCACCCGUGCAGACGGAGCCUACGGCCACCACCGAGAUCCCAACGCGUCCCGCAGAUGCCGCAGCUGAGCCUGCGGUUGCCGAGGCGAAGCCCUUUGAGGGGGACGCCGUCAUCGCUACUGAAGGCAUCGCUGAAGUUGAGAAGGAGGAGCCAAAGCAAGACUCCGCUGCAAAAGAAGAUGUCACUGCCGACGCGAAAUCCGACACAGCCGCAGCAAGCAACGGCAUCGAUACCGCAUCUGCCGAACCUACCACCGAGCCUGCUGCUGACGCCUCCGCGACCAACGGUACCCCAGCCACCCCAGCCAAGAAGAUGAACAACGGCAAGCGCAAAUCAGGCGCCGGCAUUCCUGAGCACAAGACAAAGAAGACUCCUGCCAAGGGGAAGAAGAAAGCGCCUGAGCUCCGUCUCGAUGCUCAGCCAGGAGACAUGUACAUGGUCGCCAUGCGAGGGUACCAGCCCUGGCCAGUCAUUGUCUGCGACGAGGAGAUGCUGCCUGAAUCUCUUCUUAGCAAGCGACCCGUCAGUGCGAAGCGCAUUGACGGCACGUACCGUGAAGAUUUCUUGGAGGGCGGGAAAAACGCGAAAGACCGCAGGUAUCCUAUCAUGUUCCUCGGUACUAACGAGUUCGCAUGGCAGGUUAAUACUGAGCUGCUAACGUUUGAUGUUGAGGACGUGAAGAAGGACGUCGAAUCCGGCAACUCAGCAAAGAAGAACAAGGCACUGUGGUCAGCAUACGAGAUUGCUGCAGAAGGCCAUGAUCUGGCCUACUUCAAGACCAUGCUCGCAAGUCACGAGGCAGCCCUGCAGGAGGACGCUGAACAGCGCGAGGCCAAGGAGGCGGAGAAGAAGGAGAAGAAAGAAAAGACCGCCAAGCGAAAGAGCACAGCCGCAGCAGAAUCAGACGACAUCGACAUGGAGGACGCUGGCGACGACGCAGCGCCUUCGGCCAAGAAGGCAAAGGCUACUAAGAAGCGUAAGAAGGAGGACGAAAGCGAUGGCGCUGAGCCUGCGGCUAAGACACCAAAGACAACCAAGCUGAAGCUCAACAACAAGACCUCUAAGGAGGGUUCCGCUGCGAAGCCCAAGAAGGAGACAAAGUCCAAGAAGAAGGCUGCCGAAGAGGCUGCGCCUGUUGAGCCAGAGGAUCCGCCUAUGACCGCGGAAGAGCGCAUUCAGAAGCGCGAGAAGCAAGUCCUCUAUCUUCGACACCGGUUGCAGAAGGGAUUCCUCUCGAGGGACCAUGCUCCAAAGGACGAAGAUAUGGCCAGCAUGGCCGACUACCUGAAGCAGCUUGAGGCACACGAGGACCUCGAGGCUGAGGUGAUCAAGAAAACGAAGGUGCACAAGGUUCUCAAGGCCAUCAUCAAGCUAGACAACAUUCCCAAGGAAGAGGAACACAACUUCAAGCAGCGCUCCGCCGAGCUGCUGAACAAGUGGGGCGGCGCACUGGCCGCCGAUGGGGAGCCCGCUGACAAGACCACUCCUGCGACUAACGGUGCCAAGGCCGACGACGAGAAGUCGGAAUCUGCGAAGGUCGAGACACCGGCGGCUGAGACGAAGGAGGAGACAAGGGAAGAGUCGAAAGAAGAGCCUAAGGAGGAGACGAAAGAAGAUAGCGCGGAAAGGAAGAUUGAGGAGGCACCAAAGGAUGAUGCGCCAUCUGAGCUUGCUGCCCCUGAGCCUGCAGACAAGGACGGCGAUGUCUCAAUGGCUGAUGUCGAAGCUACAAAGGAGGCAGCCGCGAUCGUCACUGCACCAAACCCCGAAGGCGUCAAUGAUGCGACUACUGAAUCGAAGUCAGAGACCGCAGCAGCGACCAUCUCCUGA